UACUGCUAUUUAACCAGUAAUCAAUAUGAAGAGAGUCCAUGUUGAUAAUUACGCCCCAAAGUACUACAGCGGUAAAUGGUCUUGGAAUUCAGAAAAGGACUGUUUGCAAUUUGAGGCGCAUAAUGAUUUAGAGAAUGCACGAGAGCGCUAUAUUACGACCAAUGGCUACAAGUUCCUACGCACCAUGGACCAGGAGGAAGAGCUCAUCUUCAGGCAGGAGUAUCUGGUGCCGAAAAGCCAUAGUAGUGACGAUGUGGUAAUGGAAGAUAUUAGAAACUUGGUGCUCUAUCUGAUGCCUCGAGACUUUCUAACAUACAAAUUCAUUGAGUUUAUGCACCAGUGGGAGGUCAGCCAACUGAUUCACUCCUUGAUAAUAUACUUUGAGUACUAUUUACGCAUGGUCGAGUUUGUGCUUAUACGUCGGGAUGAACUUUCGGGUCAGAUGGGUCAAGUGCAGAGCGAACAGACCAAUGACAUGAAGCGUACCUUUUCCGUUUACCUAAGCCAGUACCGUAUGCUUGUUGCCCGCAACUACUGCUUAAUUAUCAAAGGCGAAGGAACCAUGUCCAAGUUCUAUCACAUGAAGCCGAUUUCUAACGUUUCAGCAACUAUCCACGACAAGUACUUCCACGAACACUUUUUGGCGGUGGCCAUCCAAAUAGUCUGGAUCUGCAUGCACCGCAGAGCUUACUUCAUCAUUGAAAUGGAAAUGAAUCGCCUUUUCCGCUCCGAGCACUUUGUUUCUGCCCAUCCCGAGUACCUCAACUUCACCGAUGCAGAGCGCAGUCUCCUUUAUGGCAGAAACAAGAAAAACUUUAAUUAUCGAGUACAGGAGUCCCCUCUGGUUCAGGAAUUAAAGCUAGUGGCGGAGGAGGACCUGCCCAUCCUGUGGAUUGGGGAGCGAAAGUAUCGAGGCACCAAUAUCCGCAUUGCUGAAAUGGAGCUGGAGUACAUCGUGCCUGGAUCACAGCUUAGAUUAAUUGAUGUAUCCCAUGGUAUUCUGGGUCAUCCAAAGAAGCUCUACAAUACUCUUCUCAGCCUCGAUUGGCCGGCUGUACGUUUUUUAAACUUUUCUGAAAAAUACGACCCAUAUCACAUUGUCAGGCAACCACAAAUGCAAAUUCCCAAGAUAAAUGAACUUCAGAUGCGGAAGAUGUGCGAGACCUAUGAGCACUUCUAUGAGCUACAUCAAGCUUCUGAGCAGAUAAGCCAUCAUCAAAUUUGCAAGUGGGUCAAACGGGAUAUCAACAUCAAGUUCUUUAGAUCAGGGGGUUUGCUUACGAAUAUUGUAUCGCGAUGUGAGAAGGAGUUGGCAAGCACAUCGUCGGGCCCAAGGGUCGAUCUGAUCAUCGCCAACUACUUUAGGCUUAUAUCCAAGGUGCGCAAGGAUAUAAACUUAUCUGAAAAAGAUAGCUUUACAAACCAUCGUUUGAGCAGUUAUGCUUCUCGCAUUAGUACAAUUAAAGCACCGAGGAAAACUUUUUAGUUUCGCUACUGUAAUUCUUAAAUUGUGUAACCUCUUGUAAUAUUUCCAUUCUAUACUGUACUAUAUUUACUUAAAUAAAUAUUGGGACAUGGGAGCUGGUUUAGCUAGAUUUU